CCACAGCGAGCCCACAGUCUGCGCAUUGAGGGAAUAGUUUCGUCUCGGAGGAGAAAGAUCUUCUCCCACCCUUUUGCUCAAGUAAGGUUUUCUCCUCAAUUUGUGUUCUGCUGCUCCUAAUUUGUGGUACCAUAUCAGGAAGUAAAAGUUCCUCCACAGAGUUGCAAUGGAUAUAAUCUCCCAAUUACAAGAACAGGUUAAUUUGAUUGCACAUUUAGCUUUCAAUAGCAUUGGGACAUUGCAAAGGGAUGCCCCUCCCAAUCGACUGUCGCCAAAUUAUCCUGAACCUCCGCCACAUCCUACAGAGGAGGGCACAAAUUUUUCAGAACAGCCAAAGCUCAUGAGUUCUACUUUAGUCAAAGCUGCCAAGCAGUUUGAUGCAUUGGUUGCAGCUCUUCCAAUAUCCGAGUCAGGUGAAGAAGAACAGCUUAAGAAGAUAACAGAACUACAAGCUGAAAAUGAUGCAAUAGGCCAAGAACUUCAAAAGCAGUUGGAAGCUGCAGAGAAGGAAUUGAAUCAGGUUCAAGAACUGUUUCGACAAGCAUCAGAUAAUUGUUUGAAUUUGAAGAAACCAGAUGACAAUUAGCUACAUGCGUUUUUGGCUAGAUCAGAGUGAUGAAUUUGGCCACAAGUAUCUCAACUUGACACAAAGCAGGGACUGCUGCAGCAAGAUUUUCCUUUUCUCCAUGAAGUCUUGGUUAACUGAAGCAUUAUAUAUAUAUAUAUAUAUAUAUAUAUAUAUAUAUAUAUAUAUAUAUAUAUAUAUAUAUAUAUAUAUAUAUAUUGUUUUUGCAACUUUUGCAUGUCGGACGAUGUUUUGCCAAAUUCAUAGUUGUUACUGUAAGUAUAUUCCUGCUGUCUAUGGAGAAAUGAAACCCGUAUUGAUACCAAGUGUUCUUUUUACCAUCUUUAUUCAUGUCAGUCUCUGAAAAGUAGGCAUCUUAGUGACACCUUUUUAUCCUUAA